AGCUGACAGCGCAGUGCGCACCCUACGACACUUCGCAGUUCGGUUGAAGCCGCCGAUAAGAGCGCUCGUACCGAGUGACUGCACCCACUACGCGAUCGCGCACGCGCUUCUGCGAUUCCGACGACGCAGAAUCCUACAGAUUACCAAAUAUAAAUUGUAACCACCCCCUUUUCGGACCCAAUGUGACAGUGACAUUUCGGGGAGUCGAUGACAGCGUAGAACUUUGUUAUUAAUUAUUAUGUUUGUGUUAAAUCGGUGACAAAAUCGUAGUGUAUCGUGAAAACAGUGAACGGCUCGUAUGAUUUUAGUGUUUUAAAUAUUAUAUUCAGUGAUAAUGACAUCGGGCGGGUAGCGUGAUGAUGCGCAAGGAGAGCGGGACGGUGUGCGCGCUGGACGCCGCCGAUUGCCUGACCCUGCAGCAGAUCCUGCAGGCCUUCAACUCGAACGUGAGCGAGGAGCACGCGUGGGCGCUGUUCUACCAGGCCGCGCGCUGCUUCCAGAAGUGCCUGGCCGACGGCGCCGCCUGCUUCCUGCCGUCGCAGCUGGCGCAUGUGCUGCUGCACAAGGACGGCGCCGUGCACCCCGACACGCUGCUAAACCCCAGAGAUGACAGCAGCAGACAGCGUGUUAAAUCAGAAUAUGAGCUGGUGGUGAACCUGGCGAUAGUGGUGUACCAUGCGCUGGACUACACGCACGGCGAGGACGAGGAGCGCCUCGUGUCGCCCGACCUGGAGGCGCUCAUCACCGACAUGACCAACGGGAACAUUGCGGAGGAGGACGAGGAGUGCGGUAUGUCGGAGGGCUCGGAGACGUCGGAGGGCGGGCGCGCCGACACGGACGACGAGGGCAUCGAGCGCGACGCGGAGCCCGCGCCGCGCCGCCGCCGACGCCUGCGCACCUUCCUGCUCAAGGACGUCGUCGAGCGCUGCGUGUGGCACUGCGGCGGGCGCGGCGCGCGCGCGCGCGACUCGGCGGCGGCGCACUACCGCGCCGUGUGCCGCGCGCUCGUGGCCGAGGCGCUGGAGCUGGCGUCGUUCCUGGCGCGCGUGCGCGUCACCGCCGCGCGCGACCUCGGCGCGCACGAGGACUCCGCCAUGCAUCUCGACACGCUGCACUUCUCCGACUGGUCAAACCGAAGGAUUUGGAGAGCGCUACAAGCGAGAUUCUGGAUGCAAGUGAUCGGGGAGCUGCGCAUGGGCGUGAAGCUGAAGAAGGUGAACUACUCGCGCACGCCCAUCGAGUACGAGCUCACGCCCUACGAGAUCCUCAUGGACGACAUCCGCUCGCGCCGCUACACGCUGCGCAAGGUCGACGGCGCCAUCCCGCACAAUGUUAAGAAAGACGCACACGCAAUGAUACUCGAAUUCAUAAGAAGUAGACCUCCACUUAAAAAGGCAUCGGAGCGUAAGCUGGCGCCGGCGCGACGCGAGGUGACGCCGCGCGAGCAGCUGCUGCGCUCCAUCCAGCUCGGGCGGCCGCUGCGCCCCACGCCCUACUCGCACCACUCGCACCACUCGCACCACUCGCCCCACUCGCACCACUCGCACCACUCGCACCACUCGCCCCGCGCCGCCUACUCGCGCACGCACCCGACAAGCGGAGGCGUGAGCGGCAGCGGGCCGGGCGGCGGCGGGGGAGUGGGCGGCGGGGAGGCGCGGCGCGCGGGCGGCGGGGACGUCACGCCGCACGCGCCGCCGCAGCGGAGGCUCAUCAAAGUUGACUUUGAUAAUCUUGAGGACGAUGAGGACGAGGAGGACACGGAGCCGUGCGCCAGCCCCGAGCGGCCGCUGCCGCUGCCGCGUCUCUCCGCACCGCGUCAGCCACCCAAGCCCUGGAAGAGAACUGUGGUGGAGCCGCCGCGGGCGCCGCCGCGCGCGCACAUCUCGCACCACGAGUACCACCAGUUCUGCGACGAAACUCUCGAAUCGUACGACCUGGCGACGCAGUGCCCGUCGCGGCGCGCGUCCAUGCGGCGCCACACGCUGGCGCACGCCGUGCCCCCCACCGACGGCGCGCAGUCGCUGCCCCACUCCAGGCCAGGAUCGCGCGCGUCUUGCGGCGGCGGCGCGUCACUGGCGAGCAGCGAGGCGGAGGGCGCGGCCGAGCUGUCGUGGUCGCGCUCCUCGCUGCAGGACGAGCUCAUCAAGUCGGUUAGUGGCAGCCCUCUGUGCGUCUCGCAUAAGCAAUGGCAAGAGGCGAUCAUGAGCGAGGAGCGGCUGUCGCUGACGCUGGAGGAGAUCGUGCACAUCCGCUCCGUGCUCACCAAGGCGGAGCUCGAGGUGCUCCCCGUCGAGGGCCGCGUCAAAGAGGACGUCGAGAAGAGACGGGUUUGUUUCCUGUGCUUAAAGACGAGAUUCGGCAUAUUCGGGCCCUGGGGCCAAAAAUGUAAACUAUGUAAAAAGACUGUCUGUCAAAAGUGCUGUUCUAAGAUGCGCAUCCCGACGGAGCACUUCGCGCACGUGCCGGUGGUGCUGCUGAGCCCGUCGCUGCUGCCGUCGCCCGACGACGAGCCGUCCUCGUUCCCGCGCUCGCUCAUGGCGCGCCUCGUGUCCGCCGACCACCACGGGGCGGUGGAGAACAGCGUGGGCAGCGCGCCCAGCAGCCCGGCGGCGGCGCGGCGCGCGGCGGGCGCGGCGGGCGCGGCCGGCGCGGCGUCGGCGCCCGGCUCGCGCGGCGGCUCGGCGCUGGGCUUCUGCGAGCCGCUGUCCGUGCCGCCGGGCGCCAUGUCGCGCAGCGUGGACGGGCCGCCCAGCGCGCCGGGCGCGGCGCCGGCGCGGCGCGGCGCGGCGGCCGAGCGCCUGCGCGGCGUGCAGAUGGCCGUGUGCCACGACUGCAAGGCGAUGGUGCUGCAGAUCAUCAAGUCGUCGCGCGCGUCGCGCUCGGCGUCGCGGGACCGCGCGCUGCGGCACCUCACGCUCGACCUGGCGCCGGUCUACGCGGCCGACUGCUAGCCGCGAGCCGGCGCCCGUCUAUCGCACAAAGCUCUCCGCGAACGUGAAAUCUGAGACGCUCGACCGUGUUGAAUGUGAUGAUGAACUUUAAAGUGAAUCCGUAUUUUGUCACCGUGUAAUAGAAUAUAUUUAUGAUAUAUUUUUCCGAAUAGAAUUUUUAAAUUUUAUGUCUACAAUUUAAAUGUGAAUCGUAAUAAUCUGUGUUCAAAAUGUUAAAACGCUAUGAACGUUAUCGUGUGAAGAAUCGUAUGUUAUAUGAGUGUUGAGACUUAUAAUUCGACCCGUUUCUCUACGCGUACUCGAGUCGGCACACGCGUCGACUUGACUGUUUGACUUAUGAAAUAUUUAAUCUGAAUAGAAAAAUAGUGAAUACUUGACCUCGGAGAAAGCGUGAGCGCGUAUCGAACGCAAUCAUGGUUCCGCGCGUCACCCGUGUGCCAUACGCCUGCGCCGUGCGCACGUGCGCCCGUACACACAUACACACACACGCACACACGCACACGCCCACGCCAGCUGAUCGUUGAGGACUCGAUAUUGACGUAAUUCUCGACAGACUGGGCUAGUGUCAGGCUUAUAAUAUUUCGAUUGGAAUUACUUAUUGAAGUUAUCUAAGUAUAUAUCUUUAGUUUAAAUGGAGCUGGUAAAUGUUGGCUCUACGUUUUCCUAUAUACAUAUAUAUUUCAUUUCUAAGAUACUGUUACUUUUAAAGUUUCUCAUGGAAAGUAACAAGUAUCUUUAUCGAAGCGUGAUUCGUUGGCCCUAUAAAUUAAAAUUUUUUUAUAAUUUUAAAGUGAUCGUACAUCAACAUCAUAAAACUCGCAACUAAUAAUUUUUAUAAGAUGACAACAAUUGAUUUGACUUCAAAACAUGCCGACUAAGUGUUAAAAACAUGCUAAACUUUUUUUAUUUAUUUAUUAUAAUCAGUAUUUAAUGUUCACAAAGCCACGACCAAAGUGAUAAUAUAAAAUUCAUCUCCAAUGAAAAAGCUAAUAUAUGGAAACAUGGUGCCAACAUCGGGUCUGAUUAACUGAAAUGAGGUAUUUCCUAUUUCAUCAUUCCUUAGUUUUAUUUAGAAUAAAUUAAAUUAUUUUGCCAAAUAUGUAAGCGCGCUCCACAACCAUGUAAAUAUAAAAACAAACCUGCAUUGGUUAGAUAUUCUUAGGUUCGAUUGUUAAUAAUUGUAUGGUGUACCAAACUGUAUCUAAUUAAACUCACUAUUACGGCUUUUUUUGAACUGGGACUCGAGCUUCACUAGAAUUCUAAACUAUUUAGCUGUGUCUUGCCAUCUUCUAAUUUACACUAUGCACAUUAUACAAAGAAACACAGGUACAACAAAUCUAACAUUUUUGAAUAAUAAUUUAUCUUAUUAUAUAAUACCACAUUUUGGCCUAAUUUUAUUUUUUCCUUUAAGAAAUAUAUGAAAAUUAUAUAAUACAUAUUUGUUAUGUCUAAUACUGUUAUGCAUACUUACCGAAUUCCCAGUUGAUAAUCUUGUAAAUGUAUGUAAAUUUUAGUAGUCUAUAUUAGAUGUUACAUAGGUUGUAAAAAUUAAAAGCAAACCUAAAGAAAAAAUAAAGAAUAUAUAACAGAAAUAAAUAAAAGAAUUACAAAUUU